UGAUUGACACUUAUGUCUAGAGCACAAGAAGAAGAAAUCAACAUUUUUUUCUUCGAAAUUCAUUCGUUUAAAAGCGUAAAAAAAUGUGUUUCUGAAUCAAAUUCAAAUAUAAUUCACAUAAUUCUGUAAAUACCGUUAUAAUACCCAAAUCACCAACACAUGAUGAACGGGCGCAGCAUCGGCAUGCUGAAAAAGCUCAGGCACACCUGGCGCACGUUUCCACGCCUUAUGGCCACCAAGGUGACCAGUCUGGGUGGCGACGAGGUGGGCAGUGGCACAGGAAUCGGACAGAUCACCGGCGGCGUGCGUACAAGUGAUGGGCCACAGAAAGUGAACACGCCUUCCAAGGAGAUUGUCACCCACCUGCCACCUCUCACCGAGCCACUGCCCAACCUGCCGGAGGCCGUUUACGCAGCUCCACUGGCGGAAAGCGCCAUUACGAAGGUAACGACGCUGCCGAACGGUCUGCGGAUUGCCUCGGAACCGCGGUACGGACAGUUCUGCACUGUGGGCCUGGUUAUCGACUCCGGGCCGCGCUACGAAGUCGCUUACCCCAGCGGCGUGUCGCACUUUCUCGAAAAGCUAGCUUUUAAUUCCACAGUCAACUUUCCCAACAAGGACGCCAUACUUAAGGAGCUGGAGAAGAACGGAGGCAUUUGCGACUGUCAGAGCUCGCGGGACACGCUCAUUUAUGCCGCCAGCAUCGACAGCCGGGCUAUUGAUUCCGUGACGCGUCUGCUGGCGGACGUCACUUUGCGGCCCACACUUAGCGACCAGGAGGUGAGUCUGGCCAGGCGGGCCGUCAACUUUGAGCUGGAGACACUGGGCAUGCGGCCUGAGCAGGAGCCAAUACUGAUGGACAUGAUCCACGCGGCAGCAUUCAGGGACAAUACCUUGGGCCUGCCCAAGCUAUGUCCCCUUGAGAACCUGGACCACAUAAACCGCAAUGUGCUAAUGAACUACCUUAAGUACCAUCACUCUCCCAAGCGCAUGGUCAUCGCUGGUGUAGGCGUGGAUCAUGAUGAGCUGGUUAGCCAUGUGCAAAGAUACUUUGUGGAGGACAAAGCCAUCUGGGAAACGGAAGCCCUGGAGGACUCGGGACCUAAGCAAGUAGAUACGUCUAUUGCACAAUACACUGGCGGAUUAGUAAAGGAACAAUGCGAAAUCCCAAUCUAUGCGGCCGCUGGGCUACCAGAGCUGGCCCAUGUAAUUCUCGGAUUUGAAGGCUGUUCCCACCAGGACAAGGACUUCGUUCCCCUGUGCGUCCUGAAUAUCAUGAUGGGCGGUGGUGGAUCCUUCUCCGCAGGCGGUCCUGGCAAGGGCAUGUACUCGCGCCUGUAUACCAAGGUGCUAAACCGCUACCACUGGAUGUACAGCGCCACGGCCUACAAUCAUGCUUACGGCGAUUGUGGUCUCUUCUGUGUUCACGGUAGCGCACCGCCACAGCACAUGAACGACAUGGUCGAGGUCCUGACCCGCGAGAUGAUGGGCAUGGCCGCAGAGCCAGGCCGUGAAGAGCUAAUGCGCUCGAAGAUCCAGCUUCAGUCCAUGUUACUAAUGAACCUGGAGUCGAGACCCGUUGUGUUCGAGGACGUGGGCCGCCAAGUGCUGGUGACGGGGCAGCGAAAACGACCGCAGCAUUUUAUCAAGGAAAUUGAAAGUGUAACUGCCGCCGAUAUCCAACGCGUUGCUCAACGUCUCCUGAGCUCGCCGCCUUCUGUGGCCGCCCGCGGCGACAUCCACAAUCUUCCCGAGAUGAGCCACAUCACCAACGCGGUCAGUGGUUCAGGACGUACCGGGCUGGGACGUAGGCUUUCCUUGUUCAAAUAGCGCUGGGUGUGAGACCGCCUCCAUUGGAUAUCAUUUCGCUUUGUUUACAAUAUUGUGCGAAGGGCAACCGUGUUAAGUUUAAAUUGGCUAAAAACCAAAAUUCCC